AUGGACCGAAGUAUCAUGCUAUGGAGGACUUACGGUGACUGCGAGAACUACGGCAUCCUUACCGGCCACAAAGGUGCUAUACUUGACUUACAAUGGUCGCGCGAUUCAGAGAUUGUGUUUUCUGCUUCAGCAGAUAUGCAUCUUGCUAGCUGGGAUCUGACAUCGGGACAACGUAUAAGGCGCUAUAUCGGCCACGAGGAAGUGAUCAACUCGCUGGACAUCAGCAAGCGUGGCGAGGAGCUUCUGAUUAGCGGGAGCGACGAUGGCACAAUCGGGAUUUGGGACCCUCGCACGAAGAACGCGGCAGACUACAUCGAGACGCAAUUCCCAAUCACGGCAGUAGCGAUAUCUGAGGCUGGCAACGAAAUUUACUCAGGCGGCAUAGACAAUGACAUCAAGGUAUGGGAUGUUCGCAAGAAGGGAGUAGUAUAUUCCAUGCUGGGCCAUCAGGAUACAAUAACAACUUUACGUGUGUCGCCGGACUCACAGUCAUUGCUGUCGUAUGCCAUGGACUCGACUGCCCGGACAUGGGAUAUUCGACCAUUUGCUCCUACCGAGCGACAUAUCAGGACCUUUGACGGCGCACCGAUGGGUCUGGAGAAAAACCUCAUAGGGGCAAGUUGGGAUUCGGACGGCAAGAAAGUUGCAGUCGGUGCCGGUGAUGGUACCGUGGUAAUUUGGUCCAAUGAUACCGGCAAGCUGCUAUACAAGCUCCCAGGCCAUAAGGGUACUGUGAACUGCGCCGAGUUUGCGCCUGGUGCAGAUCCUAUCAUUCUAUCUGCUUCAUCCGACCGGACUAUGCUCCUAGGAGAAUUAAGAUGA